GAUCACCGGCGACUUUUCCGGCGAAUGUUCACCGGAAAUUAACCUCGUCUGCAACUUUCCGGCGAAACUUUCAGUCACCUUGAAGCCUCGUGGAUACUUUUCUGCGAUAAUUCAUGUUUAUUCCAGGGCCUCUGCAACUUUUUCCGUUAAAUGAACCCAACAGAAGGCUUUGUUUCUUUUCCUCUGCAACUUAUUUGGCCAAUAAAGAUGAUCUCAAUUCUUAAUACACCUUGAGUGAAACUCUCUUUCUGAGCUCAAUUCAAAGUGAACAAGUAAACCCUAGCUUCUUACUAGGUCUCUGCAACACUUUCAAGUGAAGAAAAACCCUAAUCUCACUAACCCCCAAUCUUUUCCCCAACUCAUAGAAAACCAAUCAUUAAUUUUGGUUCCUUCCUAUUUCUCGAUCCAACUUUUUCAGGCAAAUUUUCGGUCCAAUUAUAGGCCGAAAACACCAUGGACCCGUGCCCCUUCGUCAAGAUCCUGGUACAAAACCUAGCCCUCAAAAUCCCAACCUCAAAUCGAAAACACCAUUGCUUCUGCGAAAUCAAGCUCCUCAAAUUCCCAAUACAGAGCGCCCCAAUUCCCAUAAUUUCGAACAAUUGCCAUGCUCCGGAAAGUAAAUUUCCAGCGGCCGGUUUCUCUCUUUCUGGCGAGAAUCUCCAGAUACUCGCCGGAAAAUCCAAGCCAGGCGUUUCCAUAAAGGUUUACAUGACAAGCGAGUCUCGCACGUGUGGGAUGACGACGAGAAGGCUCUUGGGUAAAGUAAGGGUUGGACUCGAGCCAACUGAUCCGAGUCAAUUUGUGAUUCGGAGCGGGUGGAUCGACUUAGCCUCGGCUCGGCUCCAUUUGGUGGUUCGAGUUGAGCCCGACCCGAGAUUCGUGUUCGAGUUUGGUGGGGAGCCAGAGUGUAGUCCGGUUGUGUAUCAAAUACAAGGGAGCAGAAAGCAGCCUGUUUUUAGUUGCAAGUUUUCUGCCGAUCGUUAUUCGAGAUCACGCUCCUGCUCCACGCAAUGUGAUGGAACAAGAGACAACAAAACCAAGAGAAGGUGGCUAAGCUGGGGUGGAGAGAGAGAGAGAAGAGGAAGAGAGAGAAAAGGGUGGAUGGUGAUCAUCCAUGAUCUCUCUGGCUCUCCUGUUGCUGCUGCCUCCAUGAUCACUCCAUUUGUGGCCUCACCAGGCUCAAACCAUGUUGGACCCUCGAACCCGGGCUCAUGGUUGAUCCUUAGGCCCGGGCUCGACGGACAUUGGCAGCCAUGGGGUAAGCUCGAGGCUUGGCGUGAACCCAGACCUGUUGAGUCCCUAGGCUAUCGUUUCGCUCUGGUCUCUUCGUUUUUGGAUUCGAACAGCUCGAUCCCUAUGGUCGAAUCAUCUCUUUGCCUAAAAAAAGGUGGCAAAUUUGUAAUCGACACUGGAUUGAGAGAGAAAUCCUCAACAAUGAGAGAGAUUCAUGGAGGAGUGAGAGAGAAGCCUAAGAGCAUGAGAGAGAAAAGAGGGUCCACUAGAGUGAGUUCUCCGAGCAUGAGAGAGAAUGUUUUGAGUGUGAAUUCUGGGGUAAUGAGAGAGAGAUCUUGGUCGAGGAGAGAAAGUGCUCCCGCUGCGGUGGAGGAUUGUGCAGGGAUGAGAGAGAAGCCUCAGUUGAAGAGAGGGAAAUCCUUGAGCUUUGGGGUCUUGAGAGAGAAAAGUUGGUCGAUGACAGAGAGGUCUCUGAGUUAUGGGGGUAUGAGAGAGAAAGAUCAGUCGAUGAGAGAGAAUUCUCUGAGCUGGGAGGAGGAUUCUAGGGGAAUGAUAGAGAGACCCCUGGUUUACGAGACGGGGUUUGUCAUGGGAUCGACGGUGGGCGGGGGCCCUGUGGUGCAUGUGGGGUUGAAGCAUGUGAUGUGUGUGUCUGAUGCUGCGGUUUUCAUAGCUUUAUCGGCGGCGAUCGAUCUCAGCGUCGAGGCAUGCCGGCUCUUCUCUCAAAAGCUCAGGAAGGAUCUUUGCCAGUUUCAGUAAGAGAGAUAAAAGACCAGUUCCAUAAUGUGAGAGAGAAGAUCAGUUCUUGACCUCGAGAUUAUGAACUGAAUGCUUUCAUGGAGUUUUGGUCCUCCAGCAUAUGUCAAGGCAGAAGAUGUAGAGAUAGAAAGGAGCAGUUUUGUAGAUCUUGAGUGAGAAGAAGCAAGAAAGUGAUGGGCUUAUUCAUUUGGUGCAAAUCCAUUGUUUUGAUAAUGGAUUUAUUUUGUGUGUAUAUCAUUUGUUUGACAAGAAUGUGGGAGAUUUUGGGGCUUUUUUGCCUUUUGCUUUUUAUCCCUGGCCAGAGGAGAAUUUAAGUUUUCAUUUUACUUUUUUGGGGUUUGUUCUCUUCUUUACUUGAUGACCUCACAAAUUUGUUUACUUUGGAGGGGAGGCAUGGCCUGCUUUAAAUAUUUGAUUGAAUUAGUGCAAUGUUUUUUAUUUUUUUAUUUUUUAGCAUAAUUCAGUAAAGUAUUACUGGGAUGGUGUUAGCAGUGAGAAUAAAAACCACAAUAUGGU